GUCCUUGCAUUGCCAGUUUUUAAACAUGAGGAGUCAAAUCCCUCACCAAGAACUGAUGCCAAGCUGCUCCCAUUCCAGUAUGUGCUUUGUGCAGCCACCUCUCCAGCUGUCAAACUGCAUGAAGAAACUUUGACCUAUCUCAACCAAGACGGCUCCAUGUCAUUCUGUGACCUAAAAUGUAACUGAAACUAGAGCUAAAACGCUUUGCUUUGGACAUUCCUUUGAGGUUUAACCCAACGAACUUUGAACUGAUAUAGCACCAAUAACAUUCCUCUGCAUUGAGCAAUGGUACCCUGAAGAUUGAAGCAAAUAUUACUUUUGGACUUCUCUGAAUCUGCUCGUAACUUGCACAGAUUUGCAUUGCCCUUGCGCAACCCAAGCAACCCUUGAUGCAAAUGCCAGCAGCUGAGGUUACUGCGGAGGGUAACCUAAGUGAAAUUCUUUAGACGAGAAGGAGCUGAAAUUCUUAUACACAACCUAAAAACAAAUUGUUGCGUGAAACUCGGGCUGAUUUAACGAGGUAGACAGCUUCAGGCCUUGUAGAUUCAACAUAUGAAGACUGCAGAGGUUACAGGCCAAUCCUAUGAAAUCCGUAUAAUUGACAACAAAAAACUGGAAGGCAGUCAAGAAAUAAUUGGGAAAUAUAUAAAGAGCAUUAUCCGUGUGGUUUUCCACGACAGACGCCUACAGUACACCGAGCACCAGCAGUUGGAGAGCUGGAGAUGGAGUCGGCCUGGAGAUCGCAUUCUGGACCUGGACUUGCCUCUGUCGGUUGGCAUCCUGGAACCUCGAGCAAAUCCUUUGCAGCUAAAUAGUGUUGAGUUUCUCUGGGAUCCCACCAAAAGGACUUCUGUCUUUGUUCAGGUCCAUUGCAUCAGUACUGAGUUCACCCCCAGGAAGCAUGGUGGGGAGAAAGGAGUUCCAUUCAGAAUUCAGAUUGACACGUUCAAACAAAAUGAGAACGGUGAAUAUACAGAGCACCUUCACUCUGCCAGCUGUCAGAUCAAAGUGUUCAAGCCUAAGGGAGCUGAUCGAAAACAGAAGACUGAUCGGGAGAAGAUAGAAAAACGUACAAACCAAGAGAGAGAAAAGUAUCAACAGUCAUUUGAAACAACAGUUCUUGUAGAGUGCUCCCCUUGGCCUGAUUCCUCAUACAUUAAUUGUACUUCUUCCAUAGGCUACAAUACUCUGCCUGUCAGCCUCAGUGUCUGUGAAGGAAACUCUUCACCUACAAGCCAAGAAGAGCUCCUGCCUUUGGGCACUGAUUAUCUGUUGCCCACGGCCUCCAACCAGGACACACAGCAUUGGCUGAUCAGAAACCGCUUCUCUGCAUUCUGCCCGUUAUUUGCUAAUUUCUCAGGUGCAGAUAUGUUGAAAAUGACUAAAGAGGACUUGAUCCAGAUCUGUGGUCCUGCAGAUGGAAUCAGACUCUUCAAUGCAAUCAAGGGAAGAAACAUCAAUCCAAAACUGACCAUCUACAUGUGUCAGAACCCUGAGCAGAAUCAUCUCCACAAACAACAGAGCAGAGGAGUUGUCGACACUGCAUAUGUAUACCAUGCAAUCUUUUUGGAAGAGCUGACAGCGGUAGAAUUAACUGAGAAAAUAGCAAAAAUGUACAGCAUUUCUCCGCAGCAGAUUAACCAGAUCUACAGACAGGGACCCAGUGGGAUCCACGUGCUUGUCAGUGAUGAGAUGGUUAAAAAUUUCUGCAAUGAGAUUUGCUUUGUCAUCUGCAUCUUAAAAGCUGAGCAAACUGAUGGAUACCACAUCAUCUUAAAGUGAACAAGGUUGGACAAUUCCUCAACUACCAGGAGGCAGAUUCAGAUUACUCAUUAUUUGGACAUCCUUUUAUUAAGUAUGGACAACUAUCUGAAAAACAGGCCCAAGAAAAAAAUCUGUUGUACUAUUAAAACUGACGUGAUCCAAAACCCUCAAGACAUAAAAAAAUAUUUUUUCAGUGAGGACAAGGCAAAAUGUUCUGCUUCAUUUUACAUCAGCCAUCUUACAUGGUACCAUUUUAAUAAUUUUGUUUUUGGUUUUUACAACUGGGUUCAACAAUCAUCUUUCCCCUUUUAUGUUACUGGGAUUAAUGGUAAAUGUUUGCAGAUUUCAAGUAAGGUAAAAAAAAUUGCUAGAAAUACUCAAAAAUAAUUGCUAACAUUCCAACAUCCCAUUUAAUAAUAGACUUAAUAAUAAUGGACUUUGACUUUUUGGAUAGCUCUGAUAAUGAGGUGCUUUUGUAACUCUGACUUUAUAAAGGAUUGUAAUACUGUAGACUUCUGUGUUCUGGGGAUUAAAUAGAUUGUCAUGUGAUGAUAAUGCCCACAAUUUAACCAUAACGUUCUGCAAUGUCCAGACUCUAUGUUGGUUCAUGGAGCUGAGGCGUUUUUAGUCAUCCAUUAGUUUCCAUUCCUGUAGGAAGAGAUUUGUGACAAUGCAUCCAACCUCUAUUCUUUUUCUAAGGCUUGCUUUAUGAGCAUUUUCCAAAUUGAAGUUAGUGUUCAAAUAGUUAAAAUGCAGUUUGCUCUAUGGUGUUGCAGUGGGAGAAGAUGGAAGACUACGCACAAUACCACGACAUUGCCUUUAGCCUGCAUUAAUUUUUGGAAUGGUUGAAGAAUGUUUUUUUUCAUUACUGAAUUUGGUGAAUGUAUGGUCAAGCACUUAGUUUUAUUUUCUACUGAAUUAACAAAAAUAUGACAGGAAAAGAGAGUAAAAAUAUAAAUUUCUAUUUGUAGGGUUGGGGUAAGAGGGAGUGAGAUUGCAAAUACUGAAUAUGAUUUUAUAAGUAAUUAAGUGAUACUGAUGUGUGCAUCAAUGUAGACCUGUUUUCUCUACUUUGAGUACUUUUAUUGCAUAAAGAAGCUAAUGUGUACAUUUAUUCAAAAUGCAUAAAGACAUUAAUGAUGACGUACAUUUUGCUAAUUUUGCUAAUUGUCAUAUUAUCAUCUCUCAGUAAGGUAAUAUUUUCUUAAAGUUCUACAAACUGUAUUCUUCAAUAACACAUUUAACUCAAAUGUUUACACACAUACACUUUCUUUUCCAAGUGUGAGAAGUUGCUUUUGCAAUGUUUUUCAUGCAAAGUAACAUUGAGAAGUUCUUUCCUUAAGAAAUUCUGCUGCUGUCUUCAAGGUACAUUAAAAAAAUGAAGGAAGAUUUUAAAAAAACAUGAUUGAUGUCUCUUCAGCCCUGCCUUUCAGAUGUGCUUUCAUUUUCUUUCCAUAUCGCUCUCACGUUUCAUUCCUAAGGAGAGAAAUCAGCCAAUUAAUUCCUUCUCAGCCCUUGUCCUGGAUCUGGUGGAUUUGUAGCUUUGUCCCAGUAUCCUGGCUGGGAAUGGAAAACUAGGAAUGAAGGAUAAAGAAAGUACAGGAUGGAGGAAAGUACUUGCCUCUUAAAAAGGCAUAUUUUUAAAACUGACAAAUGGCAUUUGAGGUAUUUUUCUUUUGCCUGAUCGUUCUGGGCCAGUACUUAGGUGGAUUGUUGAAUUUCUGGAGAUUCUGUUCAAUCCAACUUAUCAGUUUCCCUGAACUCUGAAUGUUCUCCAGAUACUAGAGGGUAAAAGCAAAGUACUAUUGAUAGUAUACAUCUGAAAUAUAAGCAGAAAAUUCUGGAGAUACUCAGCAGGUCAGACAGCAUCUUUGGAGACAGAUACUGAGUUGAUAUUUCAGGUCAAUGACCAUUCAUCAGAACUCUAGAGGGUGUAUCAUCAUCUUGGCCAUUGAAUGAGUUUAGCUUCACAGUUAUUCAUUUCACAUGACUACAUAGAACAGUUAUUCAGUUUGGAAUGAAUCCAUAAAAAAUGAAACCUGAUGUUUAAAAGGUUUGGAUUAGACAGACAUUACAUGGAUGGUUGUGUUCGAGAAUUGACAGAUAGACAUCUGAUAGACACUGGUAGAUCAACCAGUGAAAUGUUCCUCUGAUUAUGGAAGAUUGCUUUUGGAUCCAAUUUAAAACAAAGCUAAAACUACUGACUUCUGAUUGUGUUAAUGAGUAAUGUUUUAUCAAAUACCACAGGCGAUCAUUGGAUUCAGAAAAGGCAAAACAAACAUUUAUUUUAAAGUAGUGCUUCAAAUUCUGCGUGGACAGUGCUGUUGUAAAUUGCCUAUUUACAGGCACCUGUAGGAUUUGAUUUUCUGUUUAACUGUGACCAUGCAUUGCUAUUAUUGUUGCCCUACACAAUAAUGCUUUGCUGUAGUUUUAUGGAUAUGACCUUUGUAUGAAAGAAUUUAAUGUAGUGAAGUUUCAAGAUAAUUUCCAAUUUUGCAGUAUUUAUAUUCUUUUAGUCCAGGUGUGUGUGGGGUUUUUUUGUGUUAUCUUAAAGCUGUGGCAUUAUCUCAUGUGUUUUAAAAAAUGUUUUUGUUUUAGUAUCAAUGAAAUGUAGCAAACUUAAUACUGUAAUUGUCUUAAUGAUGGGUGAGGUUACCACUGUUUGAAGAGUUUUUUUGACAUGCCUCUAAGGACAUCUCAUCACUGGAGCAGUCACUGGGUGAAUAUGCACACUAAUAUAUAAGUGGCAGGAUUACAGAUGUUAAAGGGGAGAGGGUGGUUUGUUUCAGAACAUAUAUAGUUCAAUAAUAAUGAAUAUUGUUUUUUAAAAUAUGAAAGCAUCUUUGCACUGACGAUUGUACACCUCAAAUGGAAAAGAGGUCUGUACCUGCAGGUCUGUACACUAGUCAACUAAACACAAGUAAAUGUAUCUUUUAUUUUAACAAGACUUCUGUGGAGCUUUCAUUUGCUUAUACACCUAACAGGUUAGAUCCAGAAAGAAAGGGCAGAAAUUGUAUUACCAUUCACAAGGUCAAAGUUUUACAGUCAAUAAAUUAUAUUCAAAGUAAAGUCAAUUAUAUAAAAGAGGAAAUGCAGAACCCAAUAUUAUACAGAGCAAAACCUUGUGAUAAUGACCAGAUAAUCUGCUUUGGUUGACAGCAGCCAGUGUGUUAGGGUUAAGAUGGAUAUCUUAUUAGUCACAUGUACAUCGAAACACAGUGAAAUACAUCUUUUGCGUAGGGUGUUCUGGGGGCAGCCCACAAGUGUCGCCACACUUCCAGCGCCAACAUAGCAUGCUCACAACUUCCCAACCCAUAUUUUGGAAUGUGGGAGGAAACUAGAGUACUUGGAGUAAACACACGCAGACACAGGGAGAACGUACAAACUCCUUACGGACAGUGGCGGGAAUUGAACCCUGGCCGCUGGCACUGUAAUAGCGUUAUGCUAACUGCUACACUACUGUGUCUGCCCACACAUCUGAUCUUAGUACAAUAAUAAGUCUUUACAUUUUAUACUCUUUUAAAGUGUUUGUUGGGACUUUCCUGGCCAUCCUUGGUAAUCGUUGAAGGCUAUAAUACUCUAAACGUUAAUUCACCCACCUGUGGAGUGUGGUCUAAUUUUAUAACGUGCCACUGUUAAAGCCUAUCAUCUUGAUUUUUGCCAAUAGUUGCAACAUUUAUAUCUGACAAAACCCUCAAGCCACAGUACUGCAAAGGAAAAUUAAUGGCCAUGUAUUGUCUCAGAUAAUUUUCUUGAAAACUUUGAUAAUCAAGUUCUGUUUCCUUACCAUAUUGCAGAAUCACAAAGAUUAAAGCAUAGUCAGAGACUAUUCAGCUCAUCAAAUCUGUACAGGUUCUAUCCCAGAAUGAUUCAGCUAGUCCCUCUCUCAAUAAACCAGCAUUUUUUUUCUUUCAAGCACCUAACCAUUUUACCUCUAGAAUAUAACAGUUGAAUCUAUCUCCACUGCCCCAACCCCCUGCCCUGUCAGUACAUUCCAGAUGCUAACUACUUAAUUGGUAAAACUAAACAUUUUUUUUCUCCUGCUACCCUUGGUUUUUCCUCUCAAGUUUCAAUUCUAUGUCCUCUUCAGGAACCUUUUGACUGAUGAGAACAUUUUCUCUCCAUCUAUUUAGUUUACAUCCUUCAACGUUCCAGAUUUUUCAAUCAGAUUCCAUUUAGUCUCUGUUCCAAGGAGAGUCCAUGCAUGUCACCAGAGUCUCACUGCAGUAUGAUGCAGAAGCAAGCAAGAACUAAUCAGUUUAGAAUAGUAAAAUACAUCCUUCUCAGUUUAUCGACGUUUUGUGAUUAUUUGCACCUAACAUUAACCAUUACUACACUAAUCAUUUUUAAUUAAGCCAAUUGCUUAAUUAAAAUUCAUUUACUGUAGUGAUUUAUCAUGUGACAGGAAUGGUGUGUCACAUGGCUGGCAGUUGUUUGACAAUAUGGAAUAACGGAGAUCUUGCCAUUAAUACAGCUUCUUUGGACUGGAGUUGGAAGUGGUGUCAUGGACCAAAACUGAGAAGGUAUGUGUAUAUUUGCUGUUGCCAGGGCUGUGGAACAGUAGAAAAGAUAUGAAAGCAUUGUUCUGUUUUCUCUUGAAAACUCUUUAUUUCUUGGAUUGAUUGAACAGACUUUACCUUAACCUAUAGUCAAGGCUGAGUGGUGUCAAGGAUCAUUGAAGACUUGUACACUUGUUAUUGCCAGGAACAAC